AGCUUUUACUUUUUCUCUCGUACACUGGGAAAACGUCAGAAAUAUACUGCGUUUCAUUUUCAUAGCAGUCAGUCGUUUCCCAUGUUCCCCUCCUUGCUAACAGGUUGCUUUCAAGGAACCCAUCAUUGCUAACAAUUAACAGCUUUUAUUUAUUUAAUCAUUAAUUUUUUCCCACAUUGCAAGUUAGUUCUUUUAUGGCUUUGUCCUUUUCCUUUAAACAAAAUUAAUUUAAAAAAAAGAAAAGAAAUUUGUUUUACUCUGCCAAUAAAAAAAGGGUUGGCUUUUGUUUUAUUUGACCAUCAAGGCAAAAGGUUGUUUUUCUUACAACAAUGAAGAACUGUGGUGAUUUAGUGGAUAACAAGUCGGCUAUAGUCGGUGGUGUUGGGGAUAUGUACAGUGAGGAUAGUGCCACAUUGGAUCAACCUAUCACCCCAUGGACUAUCUCUGUUGCUAGUGGGUAUUCAUUGAUGCGUGAUCCACGGUAUAACAAAGGGCUUGCCUUCACUGAGAAAGAGAGAGAUGCACAUUACCUGCGUGGCCUUCUUCCCCCUGUAGUUCUCAGUCAGGAACUCCAGGAGAAGAAGAUGAUGAAUCUGAUUCGCCAAUACGAAGUUCCUUUGCAUCGAUACAUUGCAAUGGUAGGUCUUCAGGAGACGAAUGAACGACUCUUUUACAGGCUUCUCAUUGAUAACGUGGAAGAACUGCUUCCAGUUGUGUACACUCCAACAGUGGGUGAGGCUUGCCAAAAAUAUGGCAGCAUUUUCAAGCACUCUCAGGGUCUUUACAUCAGUUUGAAAGAGAAGGGGAAGAUUCUUGAAACACUGAAAAACUGGCCCGAGAGAACUGUUCAAGUCAUUGUUGUGACUGAUGGUGAGAGAAUUUUGGGACUUGGGGAUCUUGGUUGCCAGGGAAUGGGCAUACCAGUAGGAAAACUUGCUCUAUACACAGCUCUCGGUGGAGUCCGUCCUUCACUAUGCUUGCCUAUUACUAUUGAUGUUGGGACAAACAACGAGAAGUUGUUAAAUGACGAGUUUUAUAUCGGACUUAGGCAAAAGAGGGCUACCGGAAAGGAAUAUGAUGAACUUCUACAAGAGUUCAUGUAUGCAGUGAAACAGAAUUAUGGAGAGAAAGUUCUAAUACAGUUUGAAGAUUUUGCAAACCACAAUGCAUUUGAACUAUUGGCAAGAUACAGUUCUUCUCAUCUCGUUUUCAAUGACGAUAUACAGGGAACAGCGGCAGUGGUUCUGGCUGGGCUUCUUUCAGCCCUGAGACUACUAGGUGGAACUCUCGCCGACCAUACGUUUUUGUUCCUGGGUGCUGGUGAGGCCGGAACUGGUAUAGCUGACCUCAUUGCUCUUGAGAUUUCAGAGCAGAACGGAAAACCGAUCGAGGAGAACCGCAAGAACAUUUGGCUCGUAGACUCAAAGGGAUUAAUCGUUAGCUCUCGCAAGGAAUCACUUCAAGACUUCAAGAAACCUUGGGCUCAUGAGCAUGAACCUAUCACAGGACUCAUAAAUGCUGUCAAGGCAAUCAAGCCAACUGUCUUGAUUGGAACAUCUGGAGUAGGAAAACAAUUCACAAAGGAGAUUGUUGAGGAUAUGGCAUCAUUCAAUAAGACACCUCUUAUCAUGGCUCUAUCAAACCCUACAUCACAAGCUGAGUGUACAGCAGAAGAAGCAUAUACAUGGAGUGAGGGUCGUGCAAUCUUUGCCAGUGGAAGCCCGUUUGAUCCCUUUGAAUAUGAAGGCAAAACCUUUGUGCCUGGCCAGGCAAAUAAUGCUUACAUUUUCCCUGGAUUUGGUUUGGGUGUCAUAAUGGCUGGUUCAAUUCGGGUUCAUAAUGGCAUGCUUUUGGCAGCCUCCAAAGCUUUGGCUUCACAAGUGGCAGAGGAACACUACGAGAAGGGAAUGAUUUACCCACCACUCACCAAUAUCAGAAAGAUAUCAGCCAAUAUUGCUGCUAAAGUUGCUGCCAAGGCAUAUGAACUCGGUCUGGCUUCUCAUCUUCCUCAGCCUGAGGAUCUUGUUGAAUCUGCUGAGAAAUGCAUGUACAGCCCUGUCUACAGAAGUUACCUUUGAAAUUUUGUAGCAGUGUUUUAUAUUAUUUUAGCAUUUAACCCAGUUUUGUGUUAUCUCCAAUUUUCCUUUAUUCCCCCCCCCCCCAAGUUUUAUAUUCUCUCUAGUUCUCGAGAUUCCUGUAGGAAUUAUUGAUUUAUCUUUUAUUUGGUUUAUAAUUUUCAUUUUGUUCAAAAGAGAAUAAUAACAUUUAGUCUUCUAUAUUUGGAAGCAUUCAGUCCAUUAUCUAUUAUCUA